AUAAUCAGGUUUGGAUUAGACCAGCCCUCGUAUCCUCAAAGACCACGUUUCCUCAUGGACGAGUCACAGUCGAGCCGAACGAGCCCUGCUCGCCGUCUUUCCAUGGAUAGCACAACUACUAGUGAAUUUGAAGUUGUCUCUCGCGAACGUUCCCCUUCGGGAAGUACUGUUGAAGGAGAUGUUCAUCUUGAUAACGUGUCACUGACUGAAGCAUCUUCGCCAAAUGAAUCCAUAAAUGUUCCGACUCUGUAUUCCGAGUCUACACACGGCGAUCAAGAUUUGCCACCAUUAGGUGAAAGUAUUCAGAUGGACAUGGAAGCUAUCAAUGUUAUGUCGCUUCCUCAGCCAUCUUGGCGGAUCAACGAUGACCUGCUAUCUCUGACUACGUCCGCAUCUCAGAUGUCAGUUGCUGACAGUUCAGAAGCCCGCUUUAACGAUGACAUGAGAGAAACUGUAGGAAUGCUCGAGCAGGUAUUUCAUCAGCUGGCCGAGAUUAAAGGCCGCAAUAACUUGCUUGAGAAGACAGUGGAACAAGCAAACGAGUGGAGAAAUAGAGCGGAUAAGUUAGAGGAGCAAAAUAAAAUCCUUCAGAAGUCAUUACGAUCUUCUAAAAAUAAAGUGGAGCAGUUCACGCGUGAGGUUGAAGAGCUGAAACACAGAGAGGAGAAGUUGUCAACAAGCCUUAGAGAAGUUGAGGAUCACCAAACCCAAAAGUCCACUUCUUACUGGUACUGUCGUGCCAUUGCAGUAUGUAUCGUAGCCGUUGCUGUUAUACUUUAUAUGGAUUGCUAUGCACAGCUUUUGAAAGAGCAGCGAUCAUGCCAGCAGUUGAAAGAGAAAUUACAAUUAAUGAAUGAACUAGUCGAUAAAUUAGAGGCAGAACAUGCCGCAGAGUACAAGCGUCGUUUAGAAGAGAUUUCGAAGCAAAUGGCUGAUGAUAUGAGCGCUAGCAUCUCUGAAGCCCAUAAACAGCGUGAACUUGAGCACGAGCGGCUGCUUGAAGCAUAUCGCGAGAAAAUGAUUUUACACGAUGAUCUUAGCGCCUUGCGAAAAGAGAAGUUCCAUGGAAAGAAGAAGUCUUCUACUUGGUACCGCUAAGAAGAUAAUCAGCUCCCUGCUAAUAAUCUUAAUGAUGUACACAUGAGUAGUAUUUCCUCGCUGUAGAGUUCUAUAAUGUCGUUUUCAUUUCCAACAUACAGGUUUCAUGUUCGGGAUAUGUGCCUUCUCAAGCUGUACAGACAGUCGGGUUACAAUAAAUGAACUCUUUGUGUUU